AUGUUCUCCUCGAUCAAACGAAGUUCAAGUCGAGUUGCUAAACAAUGGAUUAGGUAUAACUCCAGGUCUACGAUUCCUAUUCAAUAUAAAACUCCAUGGUUAACUUAUGCAUUAUUGGGGGUCGGUUUUCUGGGUACCGGGUUUAUUCUCGGAAAUGCGUUAACAAGUAACGAAGCUUCUGCAUUAGAGCCAACUGACAGAUCAACUUCCCCACUUUCAUCCUUACUGUCCCCGGUAUAUGCCAACGACGAUGAAUUCAAAAAAGGUGUGGCCAAAAUUGUUGACAUAGUUGGUAAAGAAAAUGUUUCCUUCGAUAUCGAUGUAUUGAAAUCCCAAAAUGAUUCUUUUUAUACCACUCAUCAUCCUCCAAAUCCAGAAGUACAAAGACCAAGUGCUGUUGUUUUCCCUACCUCAACUGAAGAGGUCUCUCAAAUCCUUAAAGUCGCUCAUGAAUAUAGAAUCCCAAUUGUUGCUAAUUCCGGUUUAACUUCCUUGGAAGGUCAUAACAUGCAUACUCGUGGUCCCAAUAGUAUUUCUGUUUCAUUCCAAAAUAUGAACCAGAUUAUUGCAUUCCAUCCAGAAGAUUUGGAUAUAGUCGUCCAACCAGGUGUUGGUUGGCAAGAAUUGGAUGAUUUCUUAUUGGGUGAUGAACAAGGUAAAGAUUUGAAAUUUGGACCAGAUCCAGGUAUCGGUGCAAACAUUGGUGGUAUGGUUGGUACAAGUGCAUCUGGUACCAAUGCCUUCAAAUAUGGAACCAUGAAAGAAAAUGUCGUUAAUUUGACUGUUGUUUUGGCUGACGGUACAGUUAUCAAAACUAGACAAAGACCUAGAAAGUCGAGUGCUGGUUAUGAUUUGACUAGAUUGUUCAUUGGGAAUGAAGGUACAUUGGGUCUUGUUACUGAAAUUACUUUGAAAUUGCAUGUUCGUCCUAAAUUUGAAUAUAUCACUGUUGCCGCAUUCCCAAGUAUCAAAGAUGCCACUUCUGCUGCUGCAUCUGUUAUUUCCAAAGGUGUUCAACCUAAUGCCAUGGAACUUGUCAAUGAUACCAUGAUGGCAUUUGUCAAUGAAACUUCAGACCCAGACAAAAAGAGUUUGGAAACUGCUACAUUAUUUUUCAAAUUGGGUGGACCAACCGAGGAAUCUGCUGAAGAGCAAGCCAAAUUGGUUGAAGAAAUCGCCAAGAAUCAUAAAGUUAUUAAAUUACAGAAGAGUACUAAUGCAGAAGAAAAUGAAGAACUUUGGGCCGCAAGAAGAAAUGGUCUUUGGUCCACUUUCCAAUUUGGUACAAAAGUUUUAGCUGACAAGAAUGAUGUACAACUUUGGACUACUGAUGUUGCUGUUCCAGUUUCAAAAUUAUCUCCGGUUAUCACUGAAAUUAAUGAUUAUUUAAUUGAAGAGGGUUUAAAGAAUAAAUUUUCGGUCUUGGGUCACAUUGGUGAUGGUAAUUGUCAUUUCUUGAUCAUCUACAAUUCUCCAGACUACGAAAAGAUUCAUCAUGUUGUUGAUCACUUGGUGAGCAGAGCAAUUGAAUAUGAAGGUACAUGUACUGGUGAACAUGGUGUGGGUGUUGGUAAAAGAAGAUAUUUGCCAAUGGAAUUGGGUGAAACCACCGUUGAUACCAUGAGACAAAUUAAACUUGCCUUGGAUCCUAGACGUAUUUUGAAUCCAGAUAAGAUCUUCAAGAUCGAUCCAAACGAAAAUUUGGAUGAACAAUUAGAUAAAGGGUCAGUGAGAGAAGUACCACAUUGUAUGACCAAUCAUUGA